GCUCCGGACUCGGGAGGCCCUGGCUGCGGAGUCCCUCCCGCCGCGAGGCGCCACGGGGCUGGGCUGCGCUGGGCGGCCGCGUGGGUGGCCGUGGCGGGCCGCUGUGCUCGGGGGUCGCAGACAUGCUGCUGCUCAAGAAACAGACGGAGGAUAUCAGCAGCGUCUAUGAGAUCCGCGAGAAGCUCGGCUCGGGCGCUUUCUCCGAGGUGGUCCUGGCCCAGGAGCGCGGCUCCUCACACCUUGUCGCUCUCAAGUGCAUCCCCAAGAAGGCUCUUCGAGGCAAGGAGGCCUUGGUGGAAAAUGAGAUCGCGGUGCUCCGUAGGGUCAGCCACCCCAACAUCGUGGCUCUGGAAGAUGUCCACGAGAGCCCUUCCCACCUCUAUCUGGCCAUGGAGCUGGUGACAGGGGGUGAGCUGUUUGAUCGAAUCAUGGAGCGUGGCUCCUACACGGAGAAGGAUGCUAGCCACCUGGUGGCCCAGGUCCUUGGCGCUGUCUCCUACCUGCACAGCCUGGGCAUCGUGCACCGAGACCUCAAGCCUGAAAACCUCCUCUACGCCACCCCCUUCGAGGACUCCAAGAUCAUGGUCUCUGACUUCGGCCUCUCCAAAAUCCAGGCUGGCAACAUGCUAGGCACCGCCUGUGGGACCCCAGGCUAUGUCGCCCCGGAGCUCUUGGAGCAGAAACCCUACGGGAAGGCCGUAGAUGUGUGGGCCCUGGGUGUCAUCUCCUACAUCCUGCUGUGUGGGUACCCCCCCUUCUACGACGAGAGCGACCCUGAACUCUUCAGCCAGAUCCUGAGGGCCAGCUACGAGUUUGACUCUCCCUUUUGGGAUGACAUCUCAGAAUCAGCCAAAGACUUCAUCCGGCACCUUCUGGAGCGAGACCCUCAGAAGAGAUUCACCUGCCAGCAGGCCUUACAGCAUCUUUGGAUCUCUGGGGAUACAGCCUUUGACAAGGACAUCCUGGGCUCUGUCAGUGAGCAGAUCCAGAAGAAUUUUGCUCGAAAUCACUGGAAGCGCGCGUUCAAUGCUACCUCCUUCCUCCGCCACAUCCGCAAGCUGGGGCAGAGCCUGGAGGGUGAGGAGGCCUCUGGACGGAGGGUGAUGAGCCGCAGCCACCCGGGCCUCCCGACCGGCCAGCCCCCCGAGUGGUGACAGCCAGGCAGAUGCCCAGGCUGAGCACAUGGACCCUCAGACCCCCCAGCCCCACACACCCCACCCCGCCAGCCCAGGGUGGGUUGCCACGGGGAGAGUUUGAGUCCUGUUGGGUGGGGUGCAUGAUGCUGGGGUGGGGCAUUUGCAGACUUCCCCUCCCCUGUUGCCACCACACCCCGGCUAUGAGCCAAGAGGCCCCAGAGAUGUCUGGCCCGCGCGUGUUCUGUGCUUCACUGUGGGUGGUCCUGCUUGUGUCGUGGCCCUCCGGAUCCCCCACCCACCCCAGUCUCCCUCAAAUCAAUAAAGACAGACAGAGCAGUGGG